UUAUGCUGGAGAGGCUGCAGAAGCACUGAACAGCUCUUUCCGAGUUCUUUUGAUUUUUGUUGCCUUUCCAUGAGUUCCUGUCCUGUUUAGAGCUGUGUCUUUUUACUUUUUAUUUGUAGUGUGCGUGGUUCUGAGGAUAUUAGAAAAAUGUGCUGAAGGUUCACUGUGAGGCGUGGCUAUUUUUGUUAGAAGCUGAUACUUUAGACUGAGCUUUAAGUGGUGCUUCUGGAAGACCUUGGGUUGCUGUGAGAGGGCAGGAUUCUGCAGAGGAAAAAGACAUUUCAGAGGGGCACAAAAGAAGAAGGAACACAAUUAGACAAAGCAGAGGACCUCCCUCCUUCUCAUUCUACAGCUCCUGCAAGAGCCAGCAACCCAGAAGUACAGUCUAAGCUACCACAGUAGAUCUUAACCAUUUUACCAUCAUCAUGGCUGAGAUUACAGCAGAAGGACAUAUGUCUACAACUACAACAAUAAUAGAUGGUAAGAAUGGAUCCGUUCCUUCAUCAUCCAUGAAAGUGGGCAAGAAAUCAGUUACAGAAGACCUCGUGACAACAUUCAGCUCACCAGCAGCAUGGCUUCUCGUUGUUGCUCUGAUUAUUACCUGGUCAGCAGUAGCUAUUGUAAUGUUUGACUUGGUGGAUUACAAAGACUUGGCAGCUAUAGACACCUAUUCACAACAUUGCGAUGAUCCCUGUUUACCACCUGGAAGAUCUGUUAACAAGCUCAGCACAGAACCACUGAGAAUCAUUCAUGAAGCACUGGAAGAAUCCGCUGAUUGGAUUUAUGGCUUUUUUUCUUUACUGUCUGACAUCGUAUGGAGUGAUGAUGAUGAUGACAGUGAUGAAGGUGACGUGGAACCUUCCAUGAAAAAAGAAAUUCAAAAAGAGAAAACGGAGAGACACGAAAAACGAACACCAACAAAGGCAAUUCACAGAGAUAAACCUGAAAAACAAGAAAAAAUUGAGAGGAAGGAACCCCUAAAGGUGACACAUAAAGACAAACUGGAAAGACAAGAAAAACUUGAAAAAAAGGAAAGGCAUGCAGCUCAAAAAGACAAACCUGAAAGACAUGAAAAAGCUGAAAAGAAACCUCCUCCUCCAAAAGAGGAGAAGAAAGUAAAGAGCACUAAAGUGGAAGCAAAACUUAAAAAGGAAGUGAAGGAUGGAAAAGGAGAAACAAAGGCGGCCGAGAAGGUCAAGCAGGCAGAGACUAAACCAACAGAAACUGGGCUAAUAAAGGCCAAAACGAAAGUUAAGGAAGAGAAAGCUCUUCAGACUGUAACUAAAUCGGACAAGAAAGAUCAAUAUGCGUUCUGUCGCUAUGUGAUUGACAUGUUUGCGCAAGGGGAUUUUUAUCCAGGACAUAAGGAAUUUGUACCACCUCGUCUUCUUCUAGAACACAGUCCAAGAAAGAAACCAGCAGCUGUUGAUGAAGAAAAGUCUAUUGUGGUACCUAGAGACGUGAAAAAGAGAAAAGAGGAAAAAAAGAAGACUGAUGAAAAAAGGAAUAGGACUGAAACAAAGAUGAAAGGUAUGAGUUGGAAAUGUUUCUCACUGACCUUAUUCAGCUUUUACUCACAUUCCUGGCUCAUUUCUCUUUGUUUUCUGAUGUGUUAA